AGCCGGAGAUAGCCCACGAUAACCGACCGCUUCCUCUGGCUCCACGGUAGUCUCUAGUACCUUCUACUAUCACAAAAUAGUCGACGAUAUCCUCCAGCAGUCUGCACUAUCCCAAAAACAACCAACAACCGCCUCCAGCAGCAACUUCCAGCCACAAGAAGCAGCCACUCGGCGGCAGGGACGAGAAGGGAUUUGUUGUUCCACGAAUCGGGACGAAAUUGAAGGUUGCUCCGAGGUGUACUUGCUUGGAAGGGGCUGCAGGUGCUGGCGUUAGGAUGCCACGGUGGCGAUCGUUUAGUAGUAGAGCAGCGGCGUGCCUGCUGCUAACGACGGUGUUACUGGCCAGCUGCGCGCUUGCCGAUAUCCCCAAAACACCGGGACUAUCGGGUGGUGGCAGUAAAAAGGAUAAGCUGAAGGCGGAGAAGCUCCCUCCGUGCAAAGCGUGCACGGCACUGGUGAACUCGUUCCGGGACGGUAUCAAGCGCACCGAGCGAUCCAAGCACGACGGUGGUGAUGCGGCCUGGGAGGAGGAGCGGCUCGGCAGCUACAAAACGAGCGAACUGCGGUUGGUCGAGAUCCAGGAGCGCCUGUGUCAGGAUGUGGUGCGAGGGGAGGACCAGUGCCACCAGCUGGCCGAAGACUACGAGCCACAGAUCGAGGUGUGGUGGAAGAACCAUCAGACGACCCACCCCGACUUGCAUCAAUGGUUGUGCGUGGAGCAGGCGGCAGUUUGCUGUCCGGACGGGUUUUACGGUCCGAACUGUGACCCGUGCCCGACCUGCUUUGGCAAUGGCAAGUGCAAGGGCAACGGAACACGCAAAGGGAAUGGACGGUGUGCCUGUGAACCGGGCUACACGGGUGAUAACUGUGAUAGCUGUGGGACCGAACACUACGAGGCGUUCCGUGAUGAGACGAAGUUGUUGUGUAGCCCGUGCCAUCGAGCUUGUGCCACCGGUGGCUGUACCGGAGCCGGACCGAACGCAUGCCGUGUUUGCCGUGCCGGUUGGCUGAUGGAUAGUGCCAGGGGUGGCUGCGUGGAUGUGGACGAGUGCCUCACUACCAAUCCUUGCACGAAGCAGCAGUUUUGUGUGAACAACGAAGGAUCAUACAGUUGCUUAGAAUGCGAUAAAUCUUGCGAUGGCUGUAGUGGCGAUGGACCCGAUUUGUGCGACAAGUGUGCCGAUGGCUACGAACUGCGGGAUGGCAUGUGCACAGAUACCAGCAAUGAGCGACGUACCCAGUACGCCAACUUCACGCGCUACCUCACCUACCUCGGUCUGUGUCUUGCGACCUGCAUCGUGCUGCAGAACUCGACCUGGUUGGCCGGCCUCGUUGGUCUUGCGGUGGCGAUCUACAUUUCCGUGUCCGAGUAUUGGCUGAACACGACACCGCAGCCAUCGGCUACUCCGUCGCCACGCAUUCUGGACGAGCUUCUUCAGCAACAGAACUGAGCGUGCGCAAAUGGAUGGAAGUGGAGAAGUGAUCGCUAGAUGCGAGGGAACAGGACCACUUCUCCUUUUAUCCAUCGAAUGUGGUUCGGAUCGCUACGGUCGCCAUCCCAUUACUAAAACUGGCUCAAGUCUGCGUUUGAAUGAAGGGUACUAGUCCUAGCUCACGCUCGUAGGCUUAUCUAUGAGUUUUGAAUUCCUUUCGUUCUUUUUUGUUGGUUCCAUCAUGUGUUAGUGGGUUUAAUGAAAGUAGGAACGAUCUUCCAGAAAGAUGGAGAUUUUAAAUAAUAAAAUCAAUCCAACAGAA